ACUGCAUCAGGACAGGUCAGGUUGGAUGUAUUCAGGGUUUGAUUUGUUCUGCCUUACCAUGCGUGUGUGUUUGCAGAGUUCACCAGUGCUCAGUGGUUAAUCAAAAACUGCUGAGCAGAAAGGAUCUCAAGGGAAAGAAGUGUACGGAGUGGAGACAGAAGUGUAACACAUUUUCCACAGAUGGAUAUGAGCUCCAAAGAGAAUGCUGCCACCAGUCUGUUCCGCGAGUAUCUGAGGAUACAAACUGUACAUCCGGAGCCGGAUUAUGAUGCUGCGGAGAAGUUCCUCAUCCGGGUGGCAGAGGAUAUCGGAUUGAAGAGCAGAAAACUGAAGAUGUCCUCUGGACGCACAAUAAUUAUCAUGACCUGGCUGGGAACGGAACCUCAACUCAAGUCUGUGAUUCUGAAUUCCCACAUAGAUGUGGUGCCUGUAUAUGAGGAAUUCUGGACAUAUCCACCAUUUGAAGCUCACAAGGACGAAUCGGGAAAUAUAUAUGCUAGGGGAACACAGGAUAUGAAGUGUGUUACGAUCCAGUAUCUCGAAGCCUUACGUGAGCUGAAGUCUAAGGGAUUUCAAUUUCCCCGUACCAUUCAUCUAACAUUGGUGCCAGAUGAAGAGACUGGGGGACAUACAGCGAUGGAGCUAUUAGUACGUCAGCCAGAGUUUGAAGAACUUAACCCUGGAAUCACACUUGACGAAGGUCUUGCAAGCCCCACGGAAGAAUUCAGUGUGUUCUAUGGGGAGAAAUGUCCCUGGUGGAUAACCGUUCACUGUCCGGGGGACCCAGGACAUGGAUCACGUUUCAUUGAGAAUUCGGCUGCCUCAAAAUUACAUUUUGUGAUUACAAAAUUUCUUGAAUUUCGAGAGAAGGAGAAACAAAGGCUAGAGUCUGACCCCAAGCUUACACUCGGAGAUGUCACUUCUGUUAACCUCACUAAAGUCAGCGGAGGGGUAUUAUAUAAUGUUGUCCCAUCUGAGAUGUCUGCAACCUUUGAUUUGCGAGUACCACCUACUUUAAACUUAAAGGAAUUUGAAAGCCAGAUAGAGGGUUGGUGCCGAGAAGCUGGAAGUGAUGUGACCUGGGAGUAUCAUCAGAAAUGUAUGAAUCAGAAUGUGACAUCCACAGAUGAUUCCUAUCCUUGGUGGAAAGCAUUUAGCUCUCCCUGCAAAGAGCUGGGUUUAAAGCUCAAACCAGAGAUUUUCCCAGCAGGAACAGACAGCCGCUACAUACGAGAGGUUGGGUAUCCUGCUAUUGGGUUCUCGCCCAUAAAUCACACGCCUAUCUUGCUGCAUGAUCAUAAUGAGUAUUUGAAUGAAGAUGUCUUCCUACGUGGAAUCCAUAUCUACACCAAGAUCAUCACUUCACUGGCUAGUGUUCCUGCCUUUGAUGGAGAACAUUAACCUACGAGACCACACUCAGGGAUGGUAUUAAUGUCUUAAACUCAGAGUCAGGGUGGUAAGAUGGGGCUAAACUCAGGGAUCUUACAAUUGCAAUCAAACAUAAAGCUUUAAUAAGUCAGAGUAGUACAGUUAAAUGGGUAAACCCAGAGUGUCAAAGCACACUUGUUGAUGGAACAGAGGGAUUCUGUAUGUUUACAUUUAAUAUAUUUGAGAAAAAACUAAAGGGAUCGUGUGGAUGUAGUCUGUGCCAUUUAACAUGUUUAAAUGCCACUGGCGUUCCACAUCUAUGCAACCAUAACACUAAAAGUGUCUUCGUCAAUGCUCUGAAUGUCUCGCUUCCAGUUUCCCCUCUUUAUGUGCAGUCAUUCACAUCAUAUUCAAUUAACCCAGCGGAUUCAUUUAUAUAACCAAAGAUAGCUCAUAUUUGAUUUUGCAUGAACUGUUUAAUCAGUCUGCACAAUUAUAUAUCAUUAUGGCCACGAUUUAAUAUAUUUAGAGGAGAUUUUCAAAAUAUUUUUUUAAAUUUGAUUUUAUAUUUUUUGAUAUUUUAGUAUUUAGAUGUUUGUUUUUUUUUUGUUUUUUUUUAAAGUGUUAUCAACAAAUAUUAAAUUGAGGCCUAUAUUUCAAAUACCAUUAUUUUUUGUCAAACUUUACAAGUGAUACAGUGCCUUCAACCCUCUGAUGUAACCAGUGAAACACCCACACAUAAAAUGCAAACAUUUUAGUGCAGGUAACCUGCUGUAGGAACAAAGUGUGUUUUGUUUGAGAAACAUUCAAUAAACAAUCCACUGAAUGAAAUAAUGUGUGAGUUAGAAUAUUUUGUAGCUUAUAUUAAUUUAAUCGAUUAGUCUGAUAUUAUGAAUAAUUGUCAUUUUAGUGAAGUCAUCAAGAGAAACUAGGUGUAGAUUAUAGAUCCUAAUAUAUUUUAAACCAAAAAAUAUAUACCGGUACAUUUUAAUUUUAAAAUAAAAAUGCUUUCAUGUCAUCUACAAACAGAAUGUAAAAUCAAUUACUUACCCACUGGCCAUAAUGCAGCCAAAAAUUGUUUUGGGCUAUUUCUAACUCAGCUGCAGGUGACUGUCCUCCUAAGCACCACAUUUCUCUGUGGUGGUGACCUUUUGUACAGUGCUACGGAAUUUCUUGGUGCUUUAUAAAUAAUAAAGUACAGUUGGCACUUCUAUUAUUAUCAGUAAUGACUAGUCUUGCCCCAGCAAAUGUUUUUUAAAGUACAUUUACUGUGAUAUGAAAUGUGGUCCACCAAUUUGUAGUGGAGAGCUUCAGUGGCAGUUCCAGAAGAUAACCUUGGGUGGGGUAUUGCUGCAGUGUAGCUUGGCACUGCUGUGCUUUGUAGAGUGCUAAAAUAGAAAUGAAGUGAGGAGGUAUAAUAGACAAGUAACUAUCUCCCGAUUCCUCCCUAUCUCCCGGUUUAAAGGACUCUCAUUAUGAACUGGCACUCACCUUUGUAGUGCUGCCAAAAGUCAGGAGGCUAUCCAAAAUGCAUGAUCUGCUAUAUAAUUGGUGGAAUAAGUGUUAGAAUAUUUAUAGAAGUCAUAAAUCGGUUUUGUAUAAAAAAAAAAAAAACACCCAUAUAAUAUGAAAUAUUCUACAGGUAUCUAGCUGUCCGCUCUCUCAAUCUGACUUUAUCAAGAGCAGUGGCUGACAGUCAGACCUCCAGCUCCUGUAACAGUUUCUGUACAUAUACAACCAUCAAUAUAAAUGAUAAUUAUAUUGCAGGUAAACUGUUGAUAUGAGACUGCUCUGCAAAUAUUGUUGGUGUCAACCAUAGUUCCUGAUGUUGGUAUUUUCCCCAGGUGGAAGUGGGUCUGGAUCCAAUACUGCUGAGGGUAGCGACCUAUCCCUUAGGCACAACAAUGUAUCUGUACGGCAUCCCAAGUUUAUUUAACCCCUUAAUCAACCACUUGUCAAUAAGACACUGUAUGCCAGUGACCGCUGCCAUUUUAUUUUUCCCAAACUGUUUUUUCUUUUCUUACUGAAUCACAUUGUGGAAUGAAAAUUUGACAUGUCAGAAAUGUGAGUCAUAAACAUUUGCAAUAUUAAAACCAAAAUGUAAGUUUUUAUGAAAGCUUUAAGAACAAUUAUGAAGGAAAUAAGCAACCUCUAAAAAGGGGUUUCUCUGCACAACUAGAGAUUAAUGCUGCUGCAUAUUUUCCUACGGCAGACCGUAUCACUAUAGUUUUAGUCUAAGCGAGGAAACAGGCAACAAUGAUUGCUUAAAAGUCACAAUUUUGGUGCUCCAUUCCACUAUGAGCAGCCAUUUGCAAAGCCAUGCAAUGGAACAUGGUGAGUAAAUCAUUUAAUUAAAAAUUGACUUCUGCAAAUAAUAAACUUCAAAAUGACUCUGCAGUCACAUGUCUGUAUUACUUAAUGCAAAAAAAACCAUUCUUGGGUUUGUAGGUCAGUGUGUCUGUGUGUCGUCUUCCGGUUUUGGAAAUUUCAGUUUUAUAAAAAUGUAUUUCAGUAUUUUUUAACAGAGCAGCCCCAUGAAGCUGUGUUUUAUUAUAAAAAAAAAACCUUACGGGUGGAUAUUUCUAUACAUAGUUUUAAAUUAUUGAAAAUCAAACACACUUAAAAUGAAGUACAUGAAAUUAAUAUUGAGUUUCUUGUAAUAAUAUAGUUAUUGACUGUGCCAAUUAUUUACCUCCUCUUCAGCUAUCAUUCACAAGGGGUAAAAUGGCUCAUCCGUAUCUCUAUCUCCACUCAUUUGUGCUAAUCAUUGAAUGUAUCGGUGUGUUAAAUCUGCAAUAUUUCUGUAUAUGAGCAUACCACUUUUUUGUAUUACCAUCCUGGCUCUGUGUAUAAAAAUAUAACAUCAUAAAAUUG